AAGUCUUGUGUGCAAAAUAUGGAUCCUGUCCACACGAGUCACUGUUUUCAUGCUCACUGGAUAAUUUGUGCGCAAAAGUCAAUUUUCUGGAGCUCCGGGGCUCCAAACCCCGAUCCAUCUCCAUUAUCUGCCCCACUUUGUCCCCUGAAACCGAACGUAAGCGGAUUUGUGCGCCUUUCUGGUGACUGACAGUGGCUGAGCGCGCUGGAUGAUCUUUCCCCCUCCGCCGGCUACUGCCCUGAACGCGUCGGUGCAGUUUGAGUGAAGAGCCCAUCAGCGUGGACCGCAUCUCAGAGCAGCAGCGGAGCUCCGGUCUGGACGCGGGCCAAACCUGUCUGGUGUCAAACCAGCCUGAACAGAUACUCUCAGACAUCUCAUUUCUUCACCUCAUUCCUGAGACGGGACUCUGCCCACCCCUUGUGUAAAGCAAUUUAAACCUGAUAGCACAUCAUCUCCACUGAAAAUAUUUGCUGGACUAUUAGACAGCCGCGCUUUGACUUUUUCCCUCAGAAGCGCUUUGCCACCGGAGCCGGGCAUGGCUUUUACGCGAAGACCUCCUCCGACUGUCCUGUGAUGAUAUAGUUUCAAUCCAAGCUUGAUUUGGAGAUUAAACAAGUUCUCUGAUGUUCUCUAUUUUUCUUUUGUCCGUGGAAAUGCUCCGUCCAGAUCCAUAAAGGACCGAAGUUUGGUUAAUAUGAACUUAUUGCCAAGUGGAAUAUGUUUUUAUUUUUCUGUGGCAAUCUGCUGGCUGAUGGCCGAGGUCGAUGCGUCCUGGUGGUACAUGGGCUCCCUGGGCUCCCAGGUGAUGUGCGACAACAUCCCUGGUCUGGUGAACAAACAGCGCCAGCUGUGCCGCCAGCACCCCAAAGUGAUGCAGGCCAUCGGGGCCGGGAUGAAGGACUGGAUCUCAGAGUGCCAGCACCAGUUCCGCAACCACCGCUGGAACUGCAACACCACAGCCAGAGACCACAACCUGUUCGGACGCCUGUUGCUACGCAGCAGUCGCGAGGUGGCCUUCAUGUACGCCAUCUCCUCGGCCGGCGUGGUUUACACGUUGGCUCGAGCCUGCAGCCAAGGCGACCUGGACUCCUGCUCCUGCGAUCCCACAAAGAAAGGCUCGUCAAGGGACGCCAAGGGCUCUUUUAACUGGGGCGGCUGCAGCGACCACGUGGAGCACGCCAUGCGCUUCAGCCAGGGCUUUGUGGACGCCAAGGAGAGGAAGGAGAGGGACGCCCGGGCGCUCAUGAACUUACACAACAACAGAGCCGGCAGGAAGGCGGUGAAGCGUUUCAUGACUCUGGAGUGUAAAUGUCACGGUGUCAGCGGGUCGUGCAGCAUCCGGACCUGCUGGCUGGCCAUGUCCGACUUCAGACGCACUGGCGACCACCUUCGCAAGAGGUAUAACGGCGCUGUCCAGGUGGUCGUCAACCAGUACGGCACUGGGUUCACCGCAGCACACACGCACUUCAAACGACCUAGCAAGAACGACCUGGUGUACUUUGAAGACUCACCGGACUACUGCAUACGGGACCACGAGUCAGGGUCGAUGGGGACGGGAGGACGUGUCUGUAACCGGACGUCUCGCGGCGUGGACGGCUGCGAGGUGAUGUGCUGCGGCCGAGGCUACGACACGUCACGGGUCAGCCGCACCACCAAGUGCGAGUGCAAGUUCCACUGGUGCUGCGCCGUGCACUGCCGAGACUGCCACCAGCAGGUCGACGUGCACACCUGUAAGGGCCAGACGUGACCUCGCCGCCUCCGAACACUACUGACCGUUACAAAACCCACUGCUCCUGCGCCGGGCUGCGGACUUCCUGUAAGUGACGAUCAAAAGGAUCCUCUGGCUCUGUGACUGAAGCUGUGAGGCCUCAGUGUUUCUGCACCUCCCAAACAUCACCUGUCAGUCACACAGUCUGUAGCUCUGCUGAAGUUUCCUCUGAGCCUCCAGAAAAUAAAAGCUUUCAUCACCAAAAAGAAAAUAUCACUCAGCAUAAACUAGUUCAUACGAUACUCUGCAGAGAAACCUGGUUUUCAGAGGCCGACUGGUUCAGUCAGUUUAAACAAGUUCAGCUUUAAUCUUUAAUCCACUUUCAGCUCCAGAGACUCUGGUGAGGCCGAGACGCUUCUGACAGAAAUAAUCUGCUGGAUCAAGUUUAGACAGUUUGGAGGUAAACGACCAACCCGAGGA